AUGGGCAGCCGACUGCCUCUUACAUCCCGAACAAAUGGCUGGUUUGAGGAGGCAGUACAAGAAUGGAGGCGGAAGCAGGGAAGUGAGAUUGAAGAGGAGGAAAAGGUUGCCUUUCUGGACCUCAUGCGCCGAAUGCUUGUGUAUCGCCCAGAAAGGCGACCUACUGCAGAUGAAGUUCUUCGAUCAGAGUGGAUGCUUAAGUGGGCAUUGCCUGAGUAUGAACGAAGUCUGAAGCAGCGUACAAACAUCUAA